AUGGCCCUCGGACUCCUGGCCCUACUGGCCAGCCUGCUGGCGACCGCCGAGGCCGGCUCGGCCCCGCUGGUGGACAUCGUGGGUGGCAGGAAGGCCCGGCCGCAGGAGUUACCAUUCCUGGCCUCCAUUCAGAGCCAAGGGAGGCACUUCUGCGGGGGUGCCCUGGUCCACCCGGCCUUCGUCCUGACAGCGGCCAGCUGCUUCCGAAGCCGGAACACCGGGAUUGCCACCGUGGUGCUGGGGGCCUACAACCUGAGGCGGCGGCAGGAGAGGUCCCGGCAGGUGUUCUCCAUCAGGGGCGUCAGUGAGAAUGGCUACGACCCCCAGCAGAACCUGAACGACGUGCUGCUGCUACAGCUGGACCGUCAGGCCAACCUCACCAGCAGCGCCGUGGCAGUGGUACCACUGCCCGCACAGAACGCCACGGUGGAAGCUGGCACCAGCUGCCAGGUUGCGGGCUGGGGCGCCCGACGGCAGAGGGGGCGUCUCUGCCGCUUCCCAAGGGUCCUGAACGUCACCGUGACCCCCUCAAACCAGUGUCGCCCCAACAACGUGUGCACUGGCGUCCGUAACCGACGGGGCGGCAUCUGCCAGGGGGACGGGGGCACCCCCCUCGUCUGCAACGGCCUGGCGCACGGCGUGGCCUCCUGGUCCCGGGGGCCCUGCGGCAGGGGCCCCGACUUCUUCGCCCGCGUGGCGCUCUUCCGGGACUGGAUCGACUCAAUUAUAAACCAGCCAGGCGGAUGGGCGCCGGCCUGA